AUGAAGAACACAAAGAAACCAACAAAGAACUUUUCUGACACUUUUGAUUCACACCGCAAAAUGUUGAGCACACUAAUUACUAUUCUUCAAAAACAAGGGAAGUUGAACCAGCAACUAAUUGACACCCAACAAGAAACCAAAGACAAGGACACAAUUUCUUCCAUUGAAAAGAACGAGAACGACAACAAAGAAGCAUUCGAAAAAAUCAAGUCGGACGUUUCAAAGGGAGAGACAGACGUGUUUUAUGUCGGCCCAUUUCAAAAGGCUAAUAUGCUUAAAAUUAAAGGAGAAAUUAGUGAUUACUUCUCUCGGACUCGUGGAUUUUUCAGUGUCGCUGACAUCGAUGUGAUGGACAAUUCGUACAUCAUGUUUGGCUCAGUCAACAGUGGUAUAUACAAAAAGAGGAAGGGGAUCGUUACAAAGAGCGGUGUACAACUCUUGCAGACUUUGGACCAACUAAAAAUAUUCGGAGAGUGUCAGAGCGCGUUUGAAAAGGCAGACGGGACGAAACACGUUUUUUACUCUGAUCCAAUUGCGUACUUCUAUUCACAAAGAACUGCACUGAAGUGA